AUUUUUUUUCUUCCUGAGAUUCCAAGUGAAGAUCCCCGGCCACCGUCGGCGGCUGCUAGCGGCGAGUAAAAACUAUAAUUCAGCUGCGAGGCAAGCCACCAGCGUCGCAGCGAAACGCUUCUCUUUUCUCUAUUCUCUAUUUCCCCUCACCAAUUCGAGGUCUUUCUUAUCUUUCGUGCCAAGCCAUACAUUCUCAAACUGUUUUAGGGUGUAAUUGUAUUGGGAAUCCUGCAAUUAUGGAUGUUGUGAAUUGGGACGGAACACUGUCGGAGAAGGAUUUCUAUCUGGCUGCUCAGACUUUUGCCCAGAAAUGGAAAUCGCUUAACCCUGAUUUCCCGCCAUGGUCUUGGGUUCCUUGCCGGAAACAGCCUCUUGUCUCUUCUGUUGAAGCAGAAGGAUACUUGUCACUGGAGAAGAUAUUCCUCCCGGGGUCAAGUGAGGAUGAUUAUGAACAAGAUGGUCACACUGGUGAUGAAGAAACUAGUUGCUCUGAGAGUGAGGGCCCUGUUGAUAGUGCCACAUUGGUCCAAAGCAGUAAUCUUGAAGUACAUUACUAUGAUUUCCAUAUGGUUUACAGUUACUCGUUUAAGGUUCCGGUGCUAUAUUUCCGUGCAUAUAGUGGGGAUGGUCAACCUUUAAUGUUGGAUGAAAUUGAAAAAGAGCUUCCUGCCUGCUCCUCGAAGAAAUUGUUGGAAUCAAAGUGGACAUUCAUAACUCAGGAGGAACAUCCAUACUUGAAUAGGCCCUGGUACAAAUUACAUCCCUGUGGAACUGGUGAGUGGAUGAAGCUACUUUUCAUGGGUGAUGCUGCUCUGCUUAAACAUGGGGAUUGGACCGAAACAUAUCUUGCAUCAUGGCUUUCAGUGGCAGGGCAAGUUGUCGGCCUUAAGAUCCCUCAUGGUCAACCUUUAAUGUUGGAUGAAAUUGAAAAAGAGCUUCCUGCCUGCUCCUCGAAGAAUUUGUUGGAAUCAAAGUGGACAUUCAUAACUCAGGAGGAACAUCCAUACUUGAAUAGGCCAUGGUACAAAUUACAUCCCUGUGGAACUGGUGAGUGGAUGAAGCUACUUUUCAUGGGUGAUGCUGCUCUGCUUAAACAUGGGGAUUGGACCGAAACAUAUCUUGCAUCAUGGCUUUCAGUGGCAGGGCAAGUUGUCGGCCUUAAGAUCCCUCGUAGAAUGUUGAAUCAUUAUUAUCAAUCUUGAUGUUUCGUGGACAUGGCUUGCAAAUGAAACCGUGUAAUGUUAGGUACAACUCAAAUUUUUUUGUUAUUUUUUUAUAUAUAUUUUAGUUGUAUAAUAAAGUGAAUAUUUAAAU